AUGCUACUAUACUUUGUCCGACAUGGACAGACAGAAGACAACGUCCAAGGUAUAAUCCAAGGACACAAAGACACGCCGUUGAAUGCCCACGGUCGCAAAGAGUCUGAACGUCUGGCUCAGCGGUUGAAGGAUCUCAAGAUCCAUGAAGCUUGGUCUUCACCUCUUUCGAGAGCCAGAGAGACCGCAGAAAUCGUAUUGCGUCAUCAUCCCGAUAUACAGCUGAAACUACAUGACGGAAUCAAGGAGAGAUGCCUAGGGUCGAUGGAAGGAAGAAGAAGGAAAAGGGGCGAACAUGCUCCGCCAGAUGCUGAGAGUUCUCACGAACUUCUACGUAGGGUAUCUGAUUGGUUCGACCUCUUCUUAUCGUCCCAUAUCCCUCCUUCACCACUCCCAUCUACGAAAGGAUUCCACAAGUCAGGAAUAGAAGAUGUAGAAGCACCUCAACAACAGAAAGUAGUGAUGAUAGUAUCUCAUGGCGCAUGGUUAUCAUGUCUCUUGCAGUUAAUCUCACAUACGUUGCGAUUCAAAUUAUCUCACAAGGUCGAUCUGACCCAACCAUGCUAUAAUACUAGUAUAAUGGUGGUGGAUGUGGAGUACAAUCAUGAGAAACAUAAGUGGAAUGGGAAAAUUGAGAGAUGGGCGGAUAUAGCUCAUCUGAGAGAUAUGUUGGAGAAGAACGAAGAGGUUAAAGAGGUUGCGGAUGAUAUUAGACAAUGA